AUGGACAGCCGGAUGGCCUCGACUACUACUGGAACAACCACUUUUGUCACUGUUGAGACCGUAUCGUUGCCCGUCGAGUCGUCCGAGAAGAUGGCGAGGAGGAGGAGGAGGGUGUCUGAGGGUCACAACACCACACCUGCUGCCAAGUCGACUAAAAAUGCCGAAAACCCCACUAGCAACAAUAACAAUAAUAGGCUGGAGCGAAGGAAGGCGUCUUCUUCCUCAUCGGCUACCUCGUCAACUGCCAGACCCGCUUGCUCGUACACGACGAUGAUCAUGGAGGUCUUCCAGGCGUCGAGCAAGGUUAAGCUGGACCUGCCCGAUAUCUAUAGUGGAAUCAUGGACAAGUACCCCUUUUACCGCAAGGCAGGCAAAGUCUGGCAGAGCUCUGUUCGACAUGCCCUCUCGCAGAGCAAGUUCUUCUGCAAGUUAGAACGUGGACCAGGCGAGCCUGGCAAGGGCAGCCUGUGGAUUAUCGACACCGAGAACAAGCAGACCUCGAACCAUUCUCGAAAGAGAAAGGCUUCUGGCGGUAAUCUUGGUGCUAACGACUAUGUAUCUGCCUCGCCUUGCCCAACCACCCACUCCAGGAUUGCUCAUUCUCCCAAGUUGGCCUGUACAACUGCUACGAUUGGAAAAUCUUUUGACGAUGAAAAGUCGCGUGGGCUCCAUUCCUCUGCAGCUUCGAUUCCUUCCCCUGCGGCAUCAGAUGACGUUGAUGAUGGCGGUACUGUGCGUCGAAGCGGGCGUGCACGGAGACCACCGCGAACCAAGGAGGCGGAUGAUUACAUCACUACCGCUUCUCAUAGUCGAAAGCCAUCAUUGGUCACUGGCGCCUCGUUGUCGACACCGCCAUCUUCGCCUGCUCCCCAAGACCAUCCCUCCGAGACGAACGCAAGGAUGACAUCACCGCCGCCGCCAUCAAGGAGGCGGUCCAGCUCGAUCCGGUCAGACAGGAGCGUCACUGGCCCUGCCGUCUCCCGCAUGAGUCAUUUCACCAUCGACCUGCCACACUACAGCCCAACGAUAUCUGUGCCAGCUACGCCCACUGUUUUUCCUGGUGCUCAUCCUCGCAGGGCUCUGUUGGAUCAGGAACUUGCCAGUAUUCCUGGAGUAGUGACUUCGCCCCGAGUUCGACGCCCUCCUCAGAAGUUGGCCGAGUUUGUGUCGUCCGAAGACUUUAAGGCUUCUUUGGUUUCGGCUUCCUCGUCGUCUUCCUUGACAUCGGGGAAUCAGGAUCGUGCUGCAACAGCAACAGCAACAACAACGACGGCGCCAGGAGCAGAGUCAGGUCAGCGGAUAGAGAGGAGAGGUAGGAAGCGAGCACUACCAGAUGGAGAUCAAUCAGCGUCGUCUUCACAGCAACAGCAAAAGGGCGUUAGUGAUGGUACUGUUACCCGCAGCAACAAGAGGGCGAACACUGUCAACGGCGGCAGGACCAAAGAUGCGGCGGCACCAGCCCGACAACAGAGUGCCUCUUCGCUCCCCGCUCCUGUGCCUACUGCGCAGAGCCGUGUGGGUAGCAUCACCGGUAGUGCACCCGCGUUUAUCUCGCUCAAGGAUUUGGAAUUGAGUCAUGCUGCGUCACUGGAGGAGGACUAUGACGACGAGGACGAUUGCUUUGGAGCGGGUGGGCGCAACAACAACAGAGGUGGUGCACGUGGCGUUUCUCUGAGGCGACACGGUGGCUGUAGACCUGUCUGUCAUAACGAGACGUAUGAGCAGAGACGACUUGCCGGGAUUCAGCAGAUUGUCGUGGCGUCACUUGAUUGGUACGAUGAGUCUGAUUCUGAAGACGACGAAGAGGAAGAUGAUGGUAUGGAAGGCGACUCUGAUAUCGACAUGGGCGACAUCAAUGACGAGAGCACGGCGGUAGUUGGAAGAGUUGGUGGAGGUGGCACGGCUCGAUCGGGUUGUGACUCUGGGUUCGAUUCAGAGUCGGAAUCCUGCAAGGGGUUUGUUCGCGAGGCUGGUUGGAUGAUGACGGCGGAAGCUACGGAGCUGGCUGAGGAACUCGACAUUGACAAUGCGGCAUCCUCACAGGUUCUUGAACGCUGUCAGAGUGAGGCGUUCGAGACUGUGUGUAUUGCACCUGCCGAGGUCUUGGCUGUUGGAGGCGCUGUAGCGUCACACUUUCUGGAUCUUACAGGAGCUGGUCUCGUGGUUGAUCAGGACGGUGAUGGAUUGCAGCCUUCUUCGGUUGCCGUUGACGAGUCGUCACUGCUGCCUAUUAUUUCUGGGGACGAGCCUUCACCAUUGGCCGACAUGAUCGAAAGUGGUACUGGAGUAGUCGAGUCAGGACAGCCGGCUCCAGCCUGGACGCUGCCUAUGAUCCCUGGCGGAGUUCUGAAGGAGUUGGCGGCUGUUACAGUUGCAGCCCUUGAGGUGAGCGGCGACAAGUCGGUCAGUGGAGUUGAGGACAUCGCAGGUCCUACGGAAGUUGAGCUGGAAGAGAAUGGCGGCGAUGCAACUGUACAUAUUGAAGCAGCAACAACCACGGUGGCAGCAGCAACAGCAUCGGAGACGACGGAAAUGAAGGCGGAUAACUACAUGGGCUGGCUCAACCUCUAG